AUGCGUCUCGAAGCGCUGCUUGCUCUGUCAAGUUUCUCCACUAGUCUCAAAGCCGAUAUCCGAGCUGACACUGACCGCGACGGCCUCAUCGACCUCAUAGGCACCAACGACUCCAACGCCAAAGCCACGUGGACUGCCGACUCGGGCGCCAUCUUCCUCCCCAACAUAGGGGACACGGAUAAGCGUUGCUCCAACGCCCUUCUCAAGGGCUCUGCCGUAGGCAAUGACAAGCUCGACCGUUGUAAUGACGCCUCUGACAACAUACUACGCUCCGAGCAGUUCCUUGCUCCACUCCUUACAGUCCCUAUGCCCGGCCUCCCUGAUGGUGCUUCUGGCCGCGUCUAUAUAAAGGACCAAGUCCAGCGCAGCAAUGUUAGAAUCUUCUACCAGCCAAGCUGCAAUAGUACUUGGAUAUACGUUGACGGCAAUACUACCUUUAGCGCAGCCGCACUCCGCAAGGGUCUUGUCCUUGGCAUUGACGGCCGGGAUGUACGUCGUCCCAGUGGUUGGGAUGGCCGCGCCCUUGUGACUUUCGAUGUCCAGAGUUCUAGUAAUGGCACAUCGUCCGAUAGUGUCAUGCUGCGCGUUGCCCCCGUUCUUACCCACUCACACCUCGACCCUGUGCAGCAGCUCAUUGGUGUCAAAGGCAAUGAAACUAGCACUCCAUAUCUCAACCGUUUCAACCAGCAACUCAAGGCCGCCGUCAACGAUACUGGCCUAGAAGACGACGACGACUUUUACUUCUUCUCCGGGAGCGAUGACAUCUGGGCUCAGGACUUCAUGGUACCGGGGUUCGCUUCUAUGCCUGGUCCUGAUGGUCCCAUCAGCUUGCGCAUCAUGAUCAGAAGUCCGCAGGACGAGCGUGUUGCCGGUCGACAGUUGUUCGAAUACUACCGAGACACUAGCAUCGGCGCCGUCCAGCAGCUUGGCGGAUCACGUGACGAAAUCAAUUCCGGCGGUAAUAUCGAGACUAUUCCUCCAUACGAACUUAUUAAUGGUACUUCCUGGCCAGCUGGACGUUUAAUCCUCGGUAAUCAUGACAAACAGAGUCACGCUUUGCUACCGUUUUUCCGGGCCCAGGAAACCCAAGAUCCUCUUCUUCUCGAUACUGACUGGCUACUCGUCGGCCAUGUUAGCGAGUUCAUUCAAUUCGUGCCCUUCGAUUCAGAGCGUGGUUGGGUUAUUAUGGUUAGUGAUCCUAAGGUGGGUGUUAAUAUGCUCCAGCAGAUCAAAGCUAGUGGACAGGGCUCACAACGUGUUUUUUCUCGUAACGACACGGUUUCACCGAGUCCCUGUAACAACUUUGCUUGCCAGCCUAUCCCUGUGGAGUCUACCACCAUCAAUCAAAUACUCGCCAACCAGGACUUCAUCUCCGUGCAGGAACAAUGCGCCAAGCGCAUUGAGGCUAACUUGCAAAUUCUCAAGCAAGCGACCGGCGUCACCGACGACGAGAUUAUUCGCCUUCCCGCCCUAUUCAAGCGCGCUAGCUUGAGCCUCUCUAACACUACCUCCAUCGCUAACGGAACUGAUGCACUCAAAGUUGGCGCCUUGAUCCCUGGCGUCAUCGAUGGCCUCGUCUUGACUGGCUUCGACACAUACGUCGCGCCCAACCCAUGGGGUCCCCUCGUCAACGGCACAGAUGUUUUUGCCCAGACGAUCACAUCGCUCUAUAACAGUGUCGGCCUGGACGUCGUUUUCAUUGAUGACUGGAACACAUACCACAAGUACGGUGGAGAGAUCUACCGUGGAAUCAACUCUGUCCGAGACAUGGACGUAGAGUGGUGUCCUUCAUGUCAGAUCGACGAAUAA